AUGAAUUUGGGAACUUUUCCUGCAUUUAUCACUGGUUUCUAUCUUCUCACUCAAUUGGCAUCGGCAAUAGCAUACAUGAAGUUCACGAAUUUGAAGUGUGAGAACUACGACAAAAGCUUCAUGAAUUUCCGAAAAUGCGAUCUUAAGGCUUUGUCUCGCAACAAAGUCGCGCUCACCAUGGACAUUCAACUUUUCCAAUUGCCAAUAAGAAAUUUCAGCGUUAAUUUGGAUGUUUAUAAAAAGGCGAAUGGCUAUCGUCCUUUCCUUUUUAAUAUAACAACAAAUUUUUGUCAGUUUUUCAAAAACAAGAAGCGACUACCUUUUGGCAAGCUGAUAAUGGAUAUAUUGGAAAUAUAUUCCAAUAUAAACCACUCUUGCCCCUACAACCAUGACUUCAUCGUCAAGGAUUUGGUGCUCCAGACCGAACAACUUCAAUCACUGCCUGUGCCAACUGGUGAAUACCUUCUGCGAAUUACGUCCGCAUUCUACAAUGUUUGGAAAUAUAAGGUGGAUACAUAUAUACAAAUAGUAGAAGAAUGA